AAAUUUUCCUAAUUGAUAUAACCAAGUUUUGCCAAGUGCCAGUACCAUAAUUUUUUUAUUAGUUGCAUAUGACAUACAAUGUAUAUUUUUCAGUGCUUACUUGUAUCCUCAAUUUUCACAAUAACAUAAUGCAUGCUUUGAAAUUAACAUCACUUUCAAGCUCAUUGAGUGAUAUUGGUAGGAUUACUUCCAGAAUUCUGUCCACAAAAUAACUUGUAGUAAGAAUGGCUACUUCAGUUUCUCCACAAAUUCCCUCCAUCAAAUCGCGUCUUAGAAAGGGGGAUUGCCUGUAUGGUCUCUUCUUUGAUAGCUUCUCUCCGACUAUUGCUCAAAUUUCUGGCCAUGCCGGUUAUGAUUUUGUUGUCAUCGACAUGGAGCACGGCUAUGGUGGGAUAUCGGAGGCUCUUUCUUGCCUCAACGCCCUUGCUGCUUCUCAAACUCCAGCUAUCCUCAGAUUGCCUGAGUGCUCCGUCAUGUGGGCUAAGAAGGCUCUUGAUUUAGGUCCUCAAGGGCUAAUGUUUCCUAUGAUUCACACCCCAGAGUUGGCCCAAGAGGCAGUCUCUUACUGUCGUUAUCCACGGGCUGGUAUCCGAGGAGUGGCACAUCCCAUCACUCGAGCUUCCAAGUAUGGUCUUGACCCAACAUACCUGGACUGGUGCGAAGAGGAGCUGCUCAUCAUGUGCCAGGUUGAGUCAGAGGAGGCUGUGAAUAAAAUCCAGGAGAUCGCGGCCAUUGAUGGGAUGGAUUGCAUCAUGCUUGGGCCAACUGAUCUGGGUGCUAACAUGGGUUACAUUCAAGACCCUGGUAACGAAAAUGCUGUGAAGAUGGUUCAGACAGUGGAGAAUGCAGUGUUAGGCAUGAAGCCUAAGGGUGACAAAAGGGUUUAUCUAGCUGGGUUUGCAAUGCCACAUGAUGAACCUAUUGAGCUCAAGAAGCGUGGGUAUCAUAUGGUUUGUGGCGUGGUUGAUAUCUUACUCUAUAGGGAUGCUGCUGUAAAUGAUGUACUCAAGUUCAAAACUGCAGUCUAAGUGAAUACCAGUCCGAGUAUGUACUGUAAUUGCUAAUAAAACUAAUGAACUACCAGGAAGCCUUUGUUCAAGUGGAGCCAAUUUUACAGUUAUUGCUUAUGUUCAUUGGAAGUAUGUAAAAGUUAAUUGUAGUAAGGUGUAAUAUAAAUGUUUUACACACCACCUGCAAAUCUGAAUUGAAUUGACAUGCCAGAGGAGAUAAUUCAUCAA